AAUACUAUGUGUUUUCCUCCACAUUCUCUUAUUUUCCUUAUCUUAGUUUAUCUUAUAAAUAUUCUUGAGCAAAGAAGGAUGUUUUGAAUUAGGUCUAGAAACUCAAGAACCUAAAUCUGUCCAAUAGGCAUUACAACUUCCACAUUGGGUUAAGGCAAUGCAAGAAGAAUUGGAUACUCUUCAAAAGAACGAAACAUGGAAGUUAGUGCCACCACCUUUAUCCUCAACAAACAUUGUUGGCUUCAGAUGGGUAUUCAAAACUAAGCUUCAUCCAGAUGGAAGUAUAGAAAGAUUCAAGGCAUGCCUUGAAGCCAAAGGCUUUUCUCAAAUACCAAGGGUUGAUUUCAAUGAAACAUUUAGUCCUGUCCUCAAACCAACAACAUUACGCUUGGUCAUUGCUUUAGCCACAAAUCUGAAUUGGCCUCUUAGACAAUUGGAUGUGAAGAAUGCCUUUCUUCAUGGAAAACUCAAGGAGACAGUAUACAUGACUCAACUACCAGGUACUGUGUUACUCCAGCUAUAUGUUGAUGACAUUGUUCUCACUGCCAGCUCAAAACUUCUGUUACAGAGUAUUAUUAACCAUCUUAGUAGGGAGUUUGCACUUAAGGACCUUGGGCAACUUAGCUACUUUCUGGGUAUGGAAGUCACAUCCUUUGAUGGAGGUACUCAGCACUAUGAGCUUCCAUUUUACUCCUACAAAACUUUAUCUUUGACAAGAUUUUACGAUGCCGACUGGGCAGCCUGUGUAACUACAAGAAGAAGUACUACAGGGUACUAUAUUUUUCUUGGAGCAAAUUGUAUGUCCUGGUCCUCAAAGAAGCAACCCACUGUGGCGAGAUCUACUGCUGAAGCAAAGUACCAUGCAUUGGCCUUUGCUACUGCUAAAAUAGUAUGGAUCACAUAUAUUCUUCGUGACAUUGGAAUUUCUUUACCAUCACCUCCUCAACUAUUCUCUAAUAAUAUUAGUGCUCUUCAUAUGUUUAUCAAUCCUGUAUUCCAUGCUUGAACAAAACACAUUGAAUUAGAUUACCAUUUUGUUUGAGACAAAGUGGCCAUUGGUACUCUAGUGACUAGCACGACCUUAAAGGAAGUUGUUUUCUCUUCAAUAUAAAUGGCCAUUUUCAUUGCUGUGAAGUCAUUGUAAUUCUUGGUAUUAAAACCUUCUCGCCAAUCUUGUUUUUUAUCUGAUCUUGCCUUCAAUGACCCAUUCUCCCAACUGUGUUAUUUUGAUUUUGGUGUUAUUGUAAGUUUUUUUAUCUUACAAUUAAAGGUGUAAUAAUAUUAUCAUUUGUAACUACUAAUAUAAUAAUUUUGAAUAAAAUUUUUAAUACUAU